CCACACGACACACUGCCACAGUAGUGCACUGACAGUUGUGAACCGCGCACGCGUACAAAAUGGCACAGGAUAACCUCACCGCUGUUCUUUACAAAACGAAGGAUUUACGACUGGAACAAACUCCAAUACCAGAAAUCAAAGACGAUGAGGUCCUCUUGCGCAUGGACUGCGUGGGGAUCUGCGGGUCCGACGUGCACUAUUGGCAGAGCGGCUCUUGCGGUCACUUCGUGCUCAGAUCGCCCAUGGUUAUGGGACAUGAGGCUUCUGGCGUUAUUGCUAAGCUAGGUAAGAAAGUAAAGCACCUCCAAGUGGGCGACCGUGUCGCCAUCGAGCCAGGUGUUCCGUGCCGAUACUGCGAGUUCUGCAAGACUGGCCGCUACCACCUCUGCCCGGAUAUCGAGUUCUGUGCUACCCCACCCUUCCACGGAAACCUGACCAGAUACUACAAACAUGCAGCUGAUUUCUGUUAUAAACUGCCAGACCACGUAUCCAUGGAAGAAGGUGCUCUACUAGAGCCGCUCUCAGUGGGCAUCCACGCGUGUCGUCGCGGUGGAGUGACCGCUGGGGACGUAGUGCUGGUGCUGGGAGCCGGUCCCAUUGGUCUGGUCACUAUGCUCGCUGCUAAGGCAAUGGGCGCUAGCAAGAUUCUUAUUACUGACAUCCUAGCAUCCCGUCUAGAAACAGCAAAGCAACUAGGGGCCGACCACACCCUGCUCGUCUCUCGGGACUCCAAUGAAGCAGAGCUGGUGAAGAAGGUCCACGAGCUGCUGGGGGAACAUCCCAAUAUCUCUAUAGAUGCUAGUGGAGCCCAGUCCACUGUGCGAUUGGCUUUGUUGGCAACAAAAUCAGGUGGUGUAGCAGUUCUAGUGGGCAUGGGGAGCAGUGAGCUCACAUUGCCACUGGCUGGGGCAGUCGCAAGGGAAGUGGAUAUUCGGGGCAUCUUCCGAUAUGUCAAUGAGUACCCCAUAGCACUAUCGCUAGUAGCGAGCGGUCAGAUCAACGUGAAGCCGCUCGUCACACAUCACUACUCGUUGGAGGAAACGUUAGAAGCGUAUGAAGUGGCGAAGCAAGGACUCGGCAUUAAAGUCAUGAUUCACGUUCAACCUAGGGACGCUAAUAACCCUGUUAAAUUCUAAAAAAAAGA